AGACUGUCGCAGUUGUUAUAAUUUAGAACCAGCGAUUUUUAGCUGUUUAAAAUUAAAAAAUCCAUACAUUUCUACAAUUAAGUCAAAGAUAAUCACUAGAAGCAGCGUGAAAUAGUGAAGCGAUCAAUCAAACCGCAUUUCCAAGCAUAAUAAAGUGAAAAAACUAGUUCGCCCAGCGAGAGGCUGAAAAUCGUCGGAAAAGGAAGAUGGCCGACCAGGAUGCAAACGGGUACAAUGACGAGGCGAGCGAUUUCAAGCGAAAACACAAUAAAUCCCAACAGGAGCAGGAUGUGGAGCUGGAAGAUGACAACGAGAACCAGCAGCAGUCCCAGAAGGCACAGGAAUACAUCAAGGGAAUGAUGACUGAACGACAGACGCUCGAACGAAAAUAUCCGAUUGCCGAUCGACUGCUGGAAAUAGAGAUUGAAAGUGUUCAAAAGACGGGAAAGCCACCGGCGCGGCGCUACAUCGACAUCUACCGGGAGAAGCACAUCAAGGUGGCGGUGAAAAUCUUGGUCCCGGUGAAGGAACAUCCGCGGUUCAACUUCGUGGGAAAGCUAUUGGGUCCGAAGGGGAACACACUGAAGCGGCUGCAGGAGGACACGAUGUGUAAGAUGGCCAUCCUGGGGCGGGGAUCGAUGAAGGAUCGCAAGAAAGAGGAAGAGUUGAGGACCGGAAUGGACCCAAAGUAUGCUCACUUGAUGGAUGAUUUGCAUGUGGAAGUGAACGCCAAUGGACCGCCGGCGGAAGUGUACGCUCGAAUUGCCUACGCUAUGGCCGAACUGCGGAAGUACCUGAUUCCGGACAGUAACGAUUUCAUCCGGCAGGAGCAGAUGCGGGAAUUGAUGGAGGAUGCGGAGAGUGAGGUUCCACCGAAGAAGCCCUACAAGAAAUCGAUGACGGUGGAGGCGCCACCACCGCCGACGAUUUCCGUCGCCAGACCGAUGCCAGCGCAGAAGAAGGUGCUGUCGAUUUUGGACAAGGCGCGAGCUGCGAUGGAAGACAUCCAUGGACCGAGAUCAAUGCCCCCACAACGCUACGAGGAACCGGCCUACGAGCACGGUUACGAAACGGGAUACGCUUACCACCCGCCCGGUCCACCGCCGCCACGUGCCAAAUAUGCCCCGGAAGCACCCGAAUACGAACAGGAAUACCGUCGUGAGUACUACCGCGAGCCGGCCCCGUACGCAGCCGCUCCGAAGCCGAUGGGUGCCAGUCCAAGUGGUCGCCCCUGGAAGCCGUCGUAUGCAGCGCCCCCGCGUGGCCACCCCGGCGAGGAGAUCCCGAUCAAGCACGGUGUCCGCGAAGUUUUGCCCCGCUAUCGGCAUGCACCGUACAGUCGUCCGGCGAAGUAAACAGAACAACAUAACUAAUAUUCCACCAACAACAAAACGUUUAAUUUGUACCAACUUCUAAUACGACGACAGACUCAACGUUGUGGGAAAUUCCGGAGACCGUCACGAGGAGGGAUGGCAAGCAGUUAUUUAAGCUUGAUAAAACAUUUGAAGUAAAAUGAAAUUGACGAUAACAAACAUAUAUAAACACUGUGUGGAAGUUUGAAUAUUUAAACUAUUACAUAAACAAUGCAUAAUUAAUGGAGCAAACAUAAUUGUACUAAGCAAAAAAAAAAACGAUGCAAAAAAUCUCUAUAAUUAUCAUAAAUCAAAGUUGAAAAUUUUCACUUAAAUGAAAUAAAGUUAAUCAUAACAUAAAAUACAACAAUUAACUCAAACAAGAAACAUGAAAUAGCUUAUGCAAAAAUAUAAACAAUGAAAAAAACCAUUCACUAUCGAGUGAAAUAUGUUCAAUUAUUAAAAAAGGAAGCACAUUUCACAAAACAAUUCAAUUUAGUUAGGUUUAGCCUAGUUUCAGUCUUUGGCAAGGUAAUUAUUCAGAAAAAAAUAUCUUCAGAUCUUUAUAAAACGAAGUUACUGAUCACUUCAACCGUAUUAGUUUCCGUGGUUUGAGAGAAAACGAUUCUAAUUAAAGUAUGAUUGCACUCAAAUAAGUAGAUACGAUAAGAAGUCAGCAAAUGUUAAAAUUUAAUAAGUGGGAAAAAAACUACGUUAAUAAAUAAAAUACAAACAACGCAAAAUCGAUUAUAGAUUCAUCAAUCAACAACAGGAAGAAUAAUAAGAUCAACAUAAAAUUUUGCAUGAAAAUGCAACGUCACCGAUUUUUCAGCUACGCUAAAUAAUAAAUAUUGAUAAUUCAAAUAAAAACAAAUAAUCACUAAAUAUGUAAACGCAAAAUUCUAUCCAAACAAAACAAGCGGUAAAAGCAACAACAAACACCUAUUCAACUAAAACAUAAAAUAAAGGUACGCAAAUAAAGUCUCCCGUUUCGGAAGAACGACAACCCA